UGGACGCGCCCAUGAACAACAUGCUUUACAAUAAUUAACAUCUGUUUUAAGUCAUGAAUUUGUACAUAGAAUCAGCUCGAAUCAUCAAAAUUAUUGACGACAAGAAAGCGUCGAUAAAGUCACUUGUAUUUGCUUCAAAAUAUCCAAAUAUUCGUCAGCUGUAUGCCCUGGUGUGUGAAAGUCUGAAAUACAAGAAGGUUCUGCAGAAACUAGUGGACAAAUGUGGCCUUGACAAAGACUCGUCUUUCCAAGAUAAACCGUUUUUGUCAGUCGUUCUGCUCUAUGAGCAUCUUCUAGGACAGGGUCUUGAAAAUGCUGGGGUCUUCAAGAAAGCCAUUUUGAAACAUGGAAACAAGAUUGACGCAGAGUGCACCGCACUACUGGAGAAGGAACGGGUGACCUGUCUAAAAGAGUUGGUGUCGGAAGAUGUGAUCACAAAAACUGCAUACUCUACGAGUCUGCCGAGGUACGUUAGGGUUAACCUGCUGAACACAACUGUACAGGACGUGUUAGCUACAUUCGAAGCAGAAGAGUGGAAACAGAAUACAUCUUGUUCAAAUAUUUCUAAACUGAAAGAAGAUGAGUUUAUGGUGGACCCAGUUUUACCCGAUGUGUUGAUCUUUCCACCAAGAACCGAGCUUCAUGAUCACGACCUGUAUCAUUCAGGCAGCAUUGUUCUACAAGACAGAGCUAGUUGUUUUCCUGCUCACAUUCUGAAAGCUCCCGAACACAGCGUCGUCAUAGACUGUUGUGCUGCUCCUGGUAACAAAACCAGUCACAUAGCCAGUCUGAUGGGAAACACAGGGAAAAUCUUUGCGUUUGAUCGUGAUCGCCCACGCUUGAACACGAUGAAGACGCUGCUGGUUCGUGCCGGGGUAGAGAACGCAGAACUCUUCUGUAAGGACUUUCUGUCCGUCAGUCCCGAGGAUCCACAGUUUUUCACUGCCGAGUACAUCCUAGUGGACCCAUCCUGCAGUGGAUCAGGUAUUGUAACUCGACUGGACCACCUGACAGGCGACAAUACAUCUAAACAACGACUCACAAGUCUGUCCAACUUCCAGGCCUCCCUUUUGAAACAUGCUCUGAAGUUCCCCAAUGCCCAGCGUGUUGUUUACUCCACCUGCUCAAUUCAUACCGAGGAAAAUGAACGAGUCGUGGAGGAUGUACUCAGCCAAGUCUCAGAAACAUUUGUCUUAAAAAAGGCAUUUCCAGACUGGACAACGCGGGGAUCCAGUGCUUACCCACAUGGCGAUUCGAUGAUCCGUGUUUGUACGGAAAAACAUCUCACCAACGGCUUCUUUGUGGCUUGUUUUGAAAGAAUUCCAGUUGGAGAUAACUCUACACAUUCCAAGGGAAAUAAUCUUAACGUUUUAGAGAAGGACGUUGAAAAGGCUGAUGUAGAUGAAAAAGUUGAAGACACCAAUGCAAAGCAGAAGAAUCUUGGUAAAAAGGCCAAAAAGAGGAAAAUUUCUGAUAAUAAAACCCCAUUUGUUACACAAAGUUGUGAAGAAGAUAAUGAAACAAUGGAUGGUAGUAGAAAAAAGAAGAAGAAAGAAAGACAAAUGGAAGACACAGACGAUUUGUUGGAUGGGUCUGCACCAGUCAGUGACAGCACCAACUCACAUAGCAGCAAAAAGAAAAAGAAAAAAAAACACAAAUUUGAAACUGAAAAUCAACUUGAAGAGGGUCGGCUAUUAAUGGUAAGCAGUGAAGAAAGUAACAGCAAACAGAUAAAGAAGAAAAAAAGAAAAUGUGGAAACAAAGAUCAGGUUGAAGCAGAUUCACCAUUGAGAACUGGUAGUGAAGAAACUAGUACCUGUAUCAGCAUUAAGAAAAAGAACAGAAAAUACAAAUCUGAAAAUGAAAAUCAGCGGGAAGAUGGUUCAUUGUUGAUGAAUAGUAGUGAAGAAAAUAGUAGCAAAAAAACCCAGAAGAAAAAACAUAAAUGUGAAAACGACAGUCAGCUUGAUGAGUGUUCGUUAUUGAUGGAUAGUAGUGAGGAAUGUAUUAGCAAAAAGAAACAGAAGAAGAAACAUAAAAUUGAAACGAAAAGUCAAACUGAAGAAUGCGAUUUAAAUGAAAAUGAGAACUCUAGCACUGAAAGCAGCAAAAAGAAAAAGAAGAGAAAACAUGAACUGAAAAAUGAAAGUCAGUUUGAGCAAUGUUCAUUAUUAGAUAAUAGUGGUGAAGAAAGUAUCAGCAAAAAGAAAAAGAGGAAAAACAAAUAUGAAAAUGAAAAUGAUAACGCUACGAGAGAAUGUGUUUUAAAACCAAAUGACUCAAUAAAGAAACAAAGCCCAAAACAUAAAACAAAUAAGAAAAAUAUUGAUACAAGUGAAUCUUGUGACAUUGCCAACAUUGACAAAUUAGAGGAUUCUCCUUUGAAAAAAGCAAAGAAAAAGAAGAAAAAACACUCAAAAACAAAAACAGAUUAGUUGUGUGCCAGAUACAAAAUUUAAAUUUACCCAAAUGACAUGUUGCCAAAUGUACACUUGGAUGACAUUAAACCAAAAGCGAUUGUCAGUAAUAAACAUUUUCUUUAUACUCUAUCCUGACCUCUGAGCUUUGACAUUUACCCCAGUAUCCAUCUUACGGUCUGAACAUUCUACUGGAACUAGGAAUGUGUACAUCGAAAGAUUUCGUAGCCAUUCGGCUGUUGAAUGUUCAGACCAUAAAGUGGAAAAAGGGGGGAAAUGCACACGGUCAGAGGUCAGGAUAAGUAUUAAUAAAAGAAAAAAUA